GGAAGCGCACGCGCGUGUAUGCGUACUGUAUGCAGACAGAGGUGGAGAGGAAUCUCCAAAGAAAACACUACGAUUGGAAGGAAUGCUAAAUCAUUUAGAAGUUACCUAGUAUACUUAAACAUUUUCUAAUUUAGAAUUAACUUGUCUCACUUAUAAAUAUAUUCACUAAAAUGUCUAGAAAUGUCACCAUGGGACCUGAGUACUUCCGCUAUCGUGAUGAUGAACGCCUCAUGCGGACUCACGAAACUAUGGUACAUUUGAUCAAUACCAGACACCACUCCUUCUUAGAUGCCUUAAGUUUUGGCUAUGGAUUUGUUCCAGAAGCUCAGUUUGUGCCUUAUAUGUCAUCAGAUGAUGAAGAUUAUGAUGAUGGUGAUAGAUAUGGUGUCCGUUUAAACAAUAGUUACUGUGGCUUUCCUCGAAACUUCAUUGCUAGAGGCCUGCCAAAACCCUCCAAACACAUAACACCAGAGGAAGCAGAAAGAAAUGGCAAUGAACUAGUGGAUGAAGAAGAGAAACUUAAGAAGAAAGCAGAGAGGAAAAAACAGAAAAAGCUGAAACAGAAGGAGAGACGUCAGCAAGAAAAAUUAGAGAAGGAAAAUGCAGAUAAAGAAAAAAAUAAACCGAAGCAAGUUGACCCUGGAUCACAAAACACUAAACAUGCCAAAAACGAUAAAAUUAAAAGCAAUAAAUGUACAUCUGUACGUUCUGGCCCUCAACGUACCUCAGACUCUGUGCAAAGCAGUGAUGGCAGUGAUGAAGAGGAAGACUCAACUAUUGAACCAGAGGAGCUUGACAUGAAUAGCUGCUUUGUGUCAAACGCAGCAGCCAUCACCAAACGCAAACUGGAGGAAAAACCCAAACCUGAAAAGAAAGCUACUCUAGCAAACUCCUGCAAAGAGCAUGGGUCAGAGCAGAAAGGUGCUGUGGUGCCACAAAAACAGAUUGAUAACAACAAGGAGGUGGAGUUGGUCAAUGCAAGUGAUUUUAUUACAAAAAGUUUGGAGCUGGCAGUUUUGGGUAACCAGUAUGCUGCCUCUGGAAACCUGGAGAUGGCUGUGAAAUAUUUUACAGAUGCUAUAAAACACAACCCUAAAGAGUAUAAGUUAUUUGGGAAUCGUUCUUUCUGCUAUGAAAACAUGCUGCAGUAUGAAAAAGCUUUAACAGAUGCUGAAAUUGCUCUUUCUAUGAAUCCCAAAUGGAUUAAAGGACUUUACCGAAAAGGCAAAGCACUGGUUGGGCUAAAGAGAUAUUUUGAAGCCAGACUUACCUAUAAUGAAGUGUUAAAGCUGGACAGCACAUGUAAGGAUGCAGCUGAGGAGGUGAAGAGUGUACAGCUCAUGCAGCUCAUGGAAAUGGGAUUCACUAGAGAGCAGAGUUCAAAUGCCCUUAUUCUUCAUGGAACUGUAGAAAAAAUAUUAGGUUUCUCUGGAGUUCCAGGUUUUGCCCCUGUUCAUGAACCCAGAGAAAGUGAGUUUAUGUCUCAAGAAAGAAACCCACAACCUCCAGCUAAAUUCCCUCUCAGGCCUCUUCCUCAGAAUCAGCAUAGACCCAAUACCCCAGUCACUGCUCCAGUUAAUCAUCAUCAUCAUCCUCCUCCAGAGCUAUUCCCUGUCUGGGUUGGAGAUCUGGUGCCUUCUAUAACAGAGGGAAGAAUUUAUGCUUUAUUCAAAUCUGUUGGGCCAGUCCAUAGUGUAAGAGUGUUGCCUGCAAGACGCUGUGCAUUUGUUAACUACACCAGGAAGGAGGACUCUGAGACCGCUAUCCAAGAUUUCAAUGGUCAUGCUAUUGAUGGGACAACUCUAGUGGUCCGUUAUCCAGAUAGGAAACACACACAUCUUGGAGUGUCCAGAAAUGCAUCUACAGAGGCCCCAGUGAAGGCAGGCAAUCAACCUGAUGAAUGUUAUUUUUGGAGGAGAACCGGUUGCAUUAAGAUGGAUUGCUGCACUUACCAGCAUAUACCAGAAAACAAGGGCAUUGACAGGAAUAAAGAGAAAUCAUACCUCUAAUUCAGAUCAUACAUAUAGAGGGAUUUGUCCUAAUAAACACAUCACAAAAACACAAUGUAAUUGGUUAGAUACAGAAAAACACAUGUCUAAAAACCCCUUUGUGGGACAGUGGUCAUUUUUGGUUAUUCCACUGAAAUUUCUUUUUAUUUUUUUUUGCUUGAAAUAUCUCUUAGUCUAUAAACAAGUUAUUGAGAGUUUUGAGUUGGACAACCGGUAUGAGGGCUUAACAGAAAGGGGAGAGCUGGUUAAGUAAUACAAUCCGUUUUACUAAAAAAAAAAAAAAAAAAAAAAAAAAAAACAA